CGGUGCGAGUGGUGUGUGUGUUUAGCGAGAGCGUGAGCCAACGAGUGAGAGCAGUGUGUGUGGAGUGAGCGAGUGCAGAGCGAGCCACUCACACGGAGCAUGCCUCUGCGUCCUGCAGCCGGCAAACAUGAGCCACCCAGCUCUCCACAGCAGGACCAGCACACACACUCACACCCCUACACACACACCAACGGCAGCCAGGGGGCCAGCUCUGACAGCGGCAGCUCACGGGAAGAGGACAGCGGCAUUCCCGUUUCUGUCAGUGAUUUCUCUUUCCGUCCCGCUCGGGAGCGGAGCCCCAGUGCAGGAGGAGGCAUGGCGCAGGACAAGGGCAACACGUUGGUGAUCCGCAUCGGAAUACCUGACCUGGCACAGACGAAGUGUAUGAAGUUCGACGUGGACGCUCCUAUCUGGUUAUCUAAGCAGCAUAUCCUGUGUACUCUGAACCAGAGCCUGAAGGACGUGCUGAACUACGGCCUCUUCCAGCCAGCUCACAAUGGAAAGGCUGGCAAGUUCCUGGAUGAGGAGAGGCAGCUGAAGGAAUACCCACUGCCUUCUGCUACCCCUGUACCAUACCUGGAGUUCCGCUAUAAGAGACGUCUCUACACACAGUCCCACCUGGAUGACAAGCAGCUCUCCAAACUACACACCAAGGCGAACCUGAAGAAGUUUAUGGAGUAUGUACAGCAGAGGAACAUCGAAAAGGUGUCCAAGUUCCUGGAGAAAGGUCUGGACCCCAACUUCCACGACCCUGAAUCGGGAGAAUGUCCUCUGACCAUGGCGUCUCAGCUGGAGGGCUGUGCAGACCUCAUCAAGGUGCUGAAGAGUGGAGGAGCUCACCUGGACUUCAGGACCCGAGACGGCAUCACUGCACUGCACAAGGCUGUCCGCACCAAGAACCAUACAGCCCUCAUAACGUUGCUGGACCUGGGUGCGUCUCCUGAUUAUAAGGACAGUCGGGGGUUAAGUCCGCUCUAUCACAGCUCUAUGGUAGGAGGAGACCCCUACUGCUGUGAACUUCUGCUCCACGACCACGCUCAGGUGGGCUGUGUGGACGAGAACGGUUGGCAAGAGACACACCAGGCAUGCCGUCAUGGUCAUGUUCAGCACUUGGAGCACCUGCUGUUUUACGGAGCCGACAUGACUGCUCAGAACGCCUCUGGAAACACCGCCCUUCACGUCUGUGCCCUCUACAACCAGGAUAGCUGUACCAGAGUUCUACUGUUUCGGGGAGUGAAUAAAGAGAUCAAGAACUACAACAGCCAGACAGCCUUUCAGGUGGCCAUUAUAGCAGGGAACUUUGAUCUGGCUGAAAUCAUCAAGAUCCACAAAGUGUCAGACGUUGUGCCUUUCAGGGAGACCCCAUCCUACACCAACCGUAGACGUGUGUUGGUUGGAGGACUGCCCUCGCCCCGCUCCCUGCUGCGCUCCGCUAGCGACAACAACCUCAACGGGGACAGCAGUCAAGGUCUGAGUCAAGGUCUGGGGCAGGGUCACGGUCGACAGGGUCAGUCUCCUGUCCCCUCUCUGAGAAGCCUCCCUGCACUGGGACAACACCAACAACAUGCCAGCCUGGGGGAGACUCGUCAUGGAGAGAUGCCAGACAGCAGUCUCCAGAGCACAGGCAGCUCUCGCUCCUCCCACUCCCGCUCUCCCUCGCUACACAGUCAUCUACAUGAGGGCGAUCAGGGCAUCAGGAAGACACACGGACACCCUCUAGGACAUGUCCCUCGAGGACGGCUCAGCCCGGGUACGGUGCAACGGGACCCCAGUCCCCCCACCCACACCCCUCCUGCCAUUGCCGGUGCCAGCGGGCCCAAGCGAAAACUCUACAGCGCCGUACCGGGACGUACCUUCAUCGUGGUCAAACCGUACACGCCACAGGGCGAGGGAGAGAUCCAGCUGAACCGUGGAGAGAGAGUGAAAGUGUUGAGUAUAGGAGAAGGAGGUUUCUGGGAGGGCACAGUCAAGGGGAGAACAGGCUGGUUCCCUGCCGACUGUGUGGAAGAGGUUCAGAUGAGACAGUAUGACCCUCGGCUAGAGACAAGAGAGGACCGCACCAAGAGACUGUUCAGACACUACACUGUGGGAUCUUACGACAACGUCACCUCAUACAGGAGCAUUUCUCACGGGUCUCCAGGCUCUGUCAGCAGGGGCUCUAUCUGCGCUGGUGAUUACAUCAUAGAGGAGAAGAAUGCUAUGCUGCAGAAGAAAGAAAACGAAGGCUUCGGCUUCGUCCUGCGGGGAGCCAAAGCUGAGACGCCUAUUGAGGAGUUCACCCCAACACCUGCAUUCCCUGCCCUCCAGUACCUGGAGUCUGUCGACGUGGAGGGAGUGGCCUGGAGGGCUGGGCUUAGGACAGGAGACUUCCUCAUAGAGGUGCACGGAGUGAACGUGGUGAAGGUGGGCCAUAAGCAGGUGGUGUCUCUGAUCAGACAGGGGGGAAACAGUCUACUGAUGAAGGUGGUUUCUGUCACACGCAAACCUGAGUCUGAGGAGGUGGUCCGCAAGAAAGCUCCUCCGCCACCCAAGAGAGCCCCCAGUACCACUUUGACACUGCGCUCCAAGUCUAUGACCGCCGAACUGGAGGAACUGGCUUCCGUCCGGAGGAGGAGAGGAGAAAGGCUAGAUGAGAUGCUAGCGCCUCAGGAGCCUGUGACGUUACGUUCCCAGCCCACAGAGGCCGACUACAGAGCUGCUACUGUCAAACAGAGACCUACCGGCAGGAGAAUCACUCAAUCAGAGAUCAGUUCGUUGUUUGAGAGGCAGGGCAUGGCAUUACAUGGUGGGCUCCACCCAAGGAUGGAGAGGGCUCAUAUGCAGCUGCCUAGAGGGAUGUCCAGGACCAAGUCAUUCGGUGCGACUGAGGAGGACCGUCUGUCGGUUUUGGCUGGAGAACACCGUUUCCCCCGGAGCUCCUCAAUGACGGACAGCCUCAGAGACCACUCCCACUCCCAUUCUAUCCCACCCCCUCCCCAGACCGCACCUCCUCCUCCCCCUUCCCUCUACUACCUGGACACUGGCCCUCCUCCUGCUUUCUGCCCCCCUCCUCCCCCUGCCAGGGGUCAUGGUCAGGGUCAUGACCCUGGAGGUCGUUCCAGCUUCAAGCCGUCCUCCCUGGACCUGGACCGGCCCUACGACCCAUCACCUCGCCAGUCCUCCCACGCCGAACGCCAGAAGAAGGCAAGGUCAAUGAUUAUUUUACAAGAUUCCUCCCACUCACCCGUGGAGCCCACCGACAUUCCCCGCCCCUCCGCAUCUGCUACCCCACCAGAGCGAAUCAAACGGAAAGGCCGGUUGAUUGACAACCCGUACGCCAAUGUUGGCCAGUUUAGUAUUGGAUUGUACACACCCACCAAGCCCCAGCGCAAGAAGAGCCCUCUGGUGAAACAGCUACAGGUGGAGGAUGCACAGGAGAGAGCCAGCAUCGCCUUGGCCGCUGCCCACUCCCGAGAGACCUCCCCCUCUGGCCGACACACACACACCCACAGCCACACACACACCAGCCGGGCCGACUACUACCAGCAGCAGCUGAAGGUGGAGCGCGAGCGUAUGCGUCUCCAAGGAGAGGCCCUGAUGCAGGGGAAAGGGCCGUUCGCUGCCGCUAUCGCUGGCGCCGUGAAGGACCGAGAGCGCCGACUAGAGGAGCGGAGGAAAUCCACAGUCUUCCAGUCGGUGGGGACCAUUGAGGGGGGGUCGGGGUCUGCCCCUGAGCCCCCCUCCUACACCACAUCUCGAUCCAUCGAUGAGCGCCUGCUCAGCAGAGAACUAGGCCAGCUGCCACCCCCCGCCCUGGCCCUGCGCCCCUCACCCGGCGGCACUACCUUCAUCCACCCACUCACAGGGAAGCCCCUGGACCCUAACUCACCCCUUGCUCUUGCGCUGGCCGCAAGGGAGCGGGCACUUACCUCCCAGAGCCAGUCCCCCGCCAGCAGCCCUGAGCCCAGGACUAAACAGGACAGGGCUGGUGUUGGAGGUCAGGGGGCUUCGCUUUUCAUCGAAAGCCAGACCAAAGAGCCUCAGCAUGGGGGCGGGAGGCCGGGGUCGCCCCAGGCUGGUAAAUCCCAGUGGGGAGUGUCAUCACCCGCCUUGCUUCGCCAGGAGAUGGAGGGAAGAGGCGAAGAGAGGAAGGAGGAGAGGAGAACGGAAGAUAAGAAGAGUAUGUUGAUCAGUAUCAUGGACACAUCACAACAGAAGACAGCUGGACUAAUCAUGGUCCAUGCCACCAGUAACGGCCAGGCGGUGGGGCUGGGACCAGGGCUGGAGCAAACCCCCACCUCCCUAGCCACCGAGCCCAGUAAACCCUUCCUCAGUCGGGCUCUGUCGCCCAGCCCCUCUGCCUCUCAGCCCCAGGCCCAGGGCCCUUCCAGCCCAACCCAGGCUCCCCUGGCCCAGGGCAGUUCAGAGGAAGAUGUGGAGCCCUACACAGUGAGCCUACCUCCAGCCAUGCUGUCCUCCAGUGAUGAAGAGACCAGAGAGGAGCUGAAGAAGAUCGGGGUGCUCCCACCUCCGGAUGAGUUUUCCAACGGGUUGUUGGCCAAUUCACAAGCCGAAGCCCAAGGGACCCCUGUAACCCAGUCUAAAUCCAUCACUUCCCCUACAACCCCUACUCUCCUCACCCCUUCCACCACCACCCCAAACCCCAGCCUGACCUCCACCCAACCCCAGGUCCCUCCCCUCCAGCCUACCCCCGGAGGAGCAGUCGUCUCAGGGAAACCUUCAUACCCGGACCAGCCCCAUCCUCCAGCCCUGCUGGCUGAGUCUGGUUCAGCAGCAGACUCUGGUGUGGAGGAGGCAGACACACGCAGCUCCAGUGAGAGAGAGCGAGACCACCACCUGGAGACCACUAGCACUGUGUCCACCGUCUCCAGCAUGUCCACUCUGUCCUCAGAGAGUGGCGAACCCGCUGACACACACACCUCCUAUGCCGACGGGCAGACCUUCGUGCUCGACAAGCCGCCAGUGCCUCCCAAGCCCCGGCUCAAGUCCCACUUUGGAGGCAGUAAAGGCCCGGUCACCUUCAGGGAUCCGCUGCUGAAGCAGAGCUCUGACAGCGAGCUGUUAUCCCAGCAGCAGGCGGCUGCUCUAGCCGCUGCAGCAGCCGGAGGGGCAGGGCUGGGGCAUAGAGGCCUGGGUUCUGGAGGCCUGGGGCAUGGAGGCCUGGGUUCUGGAGGCCUGGGUUCUGGAGGCCUAGGGUCAGGCUCUAUAUCUGGCCUGGUGGGAGGCCCCGGGAGGCCCCGCUACCUCUUCCAGAGGAGGUCCAAGCUGUGGGGGGACCAGAUGGAGGCGCGAGGACCCGGAGUGGGGUUAGGGAUGGGGAGCCUGGGGAGUCUAGGGGAACCAUCGGUGAUGGGGGAACUAAGUUCCAGAUUGCAGCAGCUGAAUAAGGAUACCCGGUCACUGGGGGAGGAGGAGCCACUGGGGUCAUCGCUGGACCCUGGGAGGAAGUCCCCUGUGACAGGCGCCAGACUUUUCAGCAGUCUAGGAGAGCUCCACACCAUUUCCCAGAGAAGCUACGGCACCACCUACACCAUCCGGCCUGGCAGCCGCUUUCCCGUUACACGCCGCACUCCAAGCCCUGGCUCGGGCUCCCCGGAUCGGGGUGACCCCCUCAGUCGACUCCCAGGCUUCGGCCUACCCACUUCACCCACCAUGCCACACCACACCAUCCUCAAGUCGUCCAGCCUCAGCCUGCACCAUGAGCCCAAAGAGGUACGUUUCGUUAUGAGGAGCUCCAGCGCCCGGUCCCGCUCCCCCUCCCCGUCCCCUUGUCACUCCCCCGGGCGGGGCUCACCCCUCCUGGCCCUCAGGCCCUUCCACCAGAAGCCCCUCCACCUGUGGAACAAGUACGACGUUGGAGACUGGCUGGAGAGCAUCAACCUGGGGGAGCACAGGGCCGGCUUUCAGGAGCAUGAGAUCGAGGGCUCGCACCUCCCAGCACUCACCAAGGACGACUUCGCUGAGCUGGGGGUGACGCGCGUGGGACACCGCAUGAACAUCGAACGAGCACUUAAACAACUGCUGGAGAGCUGACCCCUGCUAUGAGAGAGAGAGGGGGAUAUAGAGGGAGAGAAAGAAAAGGAGAUGGAGAGAGAUAGAUGGGGAGAGGGAGUUGUGGAGAGAGAGGGAGAGAGGUAGAGAGAGGGAGAUGGAGAGACAUAGGGAGAUGGGGAGAGAGAGACAUAGAGAGAGAGCAAGAGAGAGCAAGAGAGAGAGAGAGAAGAGCAAGAGAGAGAGAGAGAGAGAGAGAGAGAGAGAGAGAGAUGGAGAGAGAGACAGAAACAGAGAGAAAACAAGAGAGAGCUUUUAAACUAGCUCCAUUUUUAGGUGCAGCUAGUUUUCAUUUUUAGCUGAAUUUGUUUUCAUUUGGAUGUUUCUGAAAGUGUAUGUUUUGUAUUAAUACUCUGCUCUCAGCACUGCACUGAAUGAGUAGGUGUUCUAUAUAUAUAUUUUCCCUAACCAUACCACCCCUCCCAAAAUUGGAGUAAACUAAUGAAAUAUAUUUUCCUUCUUUAUUAAAUUCCCCUAAGCCUACCACCCCUGCCCUAAUUGGAGUAAACUAAUAGAUAACAAUACUUAGACUUCUACUUCGAAGAAAUUCUUUGCAGGAGCGAAUCUUGCAUGAGCUCCUAUUAGAACAUUUAUUUGUAACAGCUUCUGUUGUUGCUCCUCUAGUCACACCUUUAACCUCUCCGACAGACCAUUCCUUCUUUGUACAUCUCCUUCUCUUCUCCCCUCCAUCCCUUCCCUCUAUCUCUUUGCCUGCUGUUUUUUUGGCCUCUGAAGGAUUCCCCGUUUGCAUGAAGAAGGAGGAGGAUGAAUCUCUAACCAUAAGGAAAGUUCAGAGAUCCGCUCAGCGACAGCGAACACAGGAGUAUAGACACAGUACUGAUCUAGAACUAACAUAAUGUUGACAUACUGACAGUACUGACAUGGGCCUCUCUCCUCUCUGCCUGGCAUUGUAAUUAAACUAGAGACACUUGAGCCCAGAGACGGAGCUCCGCGUUGGAGACCACAUAGGGAAAACUCCUCCAUCCUGGGACCUUCUCGAGGACUGACAGCGCUAUCUAUUAUAUUUGGAGAAUGUUUAACCAACACUAGUGGCUUUUUUCAUAAUCAAAACAUUUUGCUUUGGGUUUCCAAAGGGAAUAUUAGAGAUAAAUAUGAUAUAAAUGUAUUUAAAUAGUUUUGAGGGGGGAAAAAACGACAGAAUGUUAAAAUGAAGAUAUGUAAUAAACUAAAGAGCAUCUGACUCCUAGUUCUAGACAAAGGACAGAGAGAAAACUUUAACAUGUAUUGCACCAAUAAUUUACUUGUUUUUACCAAUUAUAUAAAUAUAUAUAUUUGAAAAAAGUUAAUAGAUAUAUACAAAUGACAUUUUGUCAUAAAAUAUACAACUUUAGUAAAACUAUACAUGGUAUUCUGUAUACAACCCACUGUUGAUGAACUGUCCUUACAUGGUCACCCUUUCCUGAACAGAAGCAUGAAAAGUUGCAUCACGUCUUGAAAAGAGGGUUGUGGUUUAAUUUCUGUUUGUUUUCUUACGGUCUUCCGUCAUACCGAAGGGCAGUGAGGGGUGUGACAUCCCAGUUUAACCCCAGUGACCCUGUGACCUCAACACAUACUCAGAUAUAGAGACAUAUAUAUAUAUAUAUAUACACAUGAAGAGUCACAUAGUCAAACAAAUAACACCCUUACAUUCAGGCACCCAGACACACACACACACCCACACACACACACACACAGACACACACACACACACACCCAGACACACAAACACACACAGUUCUCAUCCAAACUAAGACCGGUAGCAUCAUUACAUACAUCUGAGACCAUGGUUUGGGAGAACAGGAUGUCUUAAGAAAGGUGUUUAAAAAAACAAAAUCAACAAUUGUAAUGUGAGUUGCUUCUCUCAACAGUCAGAGACAGUGGGUGUCAUUCACACAACAGCACAGUGUUAGAUCCAUACUCUCUGGGAGAACAACAAUGGUGUGUUCAGGAGGAAGAAAUGUUCUCAAUACUGCAGAUAGAACUGUCAUGAUAGAACUGACAUGAUAGAACUGACAUGAUAGAACUGUCAUGUUAGAACUGUCAUGAUAGAACUGUCAUGUUAGAACUGUCAUGUUAGAACUGACAUGAUAGAACUGUCAUGUUAGAACUGUCAUGAUAGAACUGUCAUGAUAGAACUGUCAUGUUAGAACUGACAUGAUAGAACUGUCAUGUUAGAACUGUCAUGAUAGAA